AUGGCAGACGACUCCAGGCCCGACGGGAACACGGUGCAGGUGCUGCGGGACGCGGCCAACCGCCUGCGAAUCCAUUCCAUCAGGGCCACGUGUGCCUCCAGCUCCGGCCACCCCACUUCGUGCUGCAGCGCCGCUGAGAUCAUGUCCGUGCUCUUCUUCCACACCAUGAGGUAUAAACGGACAGACCCGGAACACCCCGACAACGACCGAUUCAUCCUCUCCAAGGGCCAUGCUGCUCCAAUCCUCUAUGCCGCUUGGGCAGAGGUGGGCAACAUCCGCGAAUCCGACUUGCUGAGCUUGAGGACAAUUCACUGUGACUUGGAGGGACAUCCCACCCCGCGGCUGUCGUUUGUUGAUGUGGCAACAGGAUCACUUGGGCAAGGAUUAGGUGCCGCGUGUGGAAUGGCGUACACUGGCAAGUACUUUGACAAGGCCAGCUACCGGGUGUUCUGCCUCAUGGGGGAUGGCGAGUCCUCGGAAGGCUCUGUCUGGGAGGCCCUGGCCUUUGCUUCUCACUACAGUCUGGACAAUCUGGUGGCAGUCUUCGACGUGAACCGCUUCGGACAGAGUGGAGUCACGCCUCUUGAGCACUGCACAGACAUCUAUCAGAAUCGCUGCGAAGCCUUUGGGUGGAAUACUUACUCAGUGGAUGGCCAUGAUGUGGAGGCAUUGUGCCAGGCGUUUUGGCAAGCAGCUCAAGUGAAGAACAAGCCCACUGCCAUAGUUGCGAAGACCUUCAAGGGCCGAGGUAUUCCAAAUAUUGAGAAUGCAGAAAAUUGGCAUGGAAAGCCGAUGCCGAAAGAAAGAGUAGAUGCCAUCAUCAAAUUAAUUGAGAGUCAGAUACAGACCAACAGGAAUCUCACACCAAAACCUCCCAUUGAAGACUCACCUCAGAUCAGCAUCAGGGAAAUGAAAGUGACCUGUCUGCCUGAUUAUGUAGUUGGAGACAGGAUAGCUACUAGGAAAGCAUUUGGUUUGGCUUUGGCUAAACUGGGCCACGCAAAUGAAAGAGUUAUUGUCUUGGUCGGUGACACAAAGAACUCCACCUUUUCCGAGAUAUUCCACGAAGAACACCCUGAGCGUUUUAUUGAGUGUUUUACUGCUGAGCAAAACAUGGUGAGUGUGGCACUAGGCUGUGCCACACGUGGCCGAACCAUUGCUUUCGUUAGUACCUUUGCUGCCUUUUUGACCCGAGCAUUCGAUCAGAUACGGAUGGGAGCCAUAUCUCAAGCCAAUAUCAAUUUUAUUGGUUCCCACUGUGGGGUAUCCAGUGGUGAAGAUGGACCCUCCCAGAUGGCCCUGGAGGACCUAGCCAUGUUCCGAAGCGUUCCCAAUUGUACUGUUUUCUAUCCCAGUGAUGCUGUCUCAACAGAGUAUGCUGUUUAUCUGGCUGCCAGUACCAAAGGGAUGUGCUUCAUUCGGACCAGCCAACCAGAAACUGCGGUUAUUUAUACCCCACAAGAAAAUUUUGAGAUUGGACGGGCCAAGGUCAUCCGCCAGAGUGUCAAUGACAAAGUCACAGUUAUUGGAGCUGGAGUUACUCUGCAUGAAGCCUUAGCAGCUGCUGACAGUCUUUCUCAAGAAGGUAUUUCUAUCCGUGUCAUUGACCCAUUUACCAUUAAACCCCUGGAUGCUGCCAACAUCAUCUCCAAUGCAAAAGCUACAGGUGGUCGGGUUAUCACAGUGGAGGAUCACUACCGGGAAGGUGGCAUUGGAGAAGCUGUAUGUGCGGCCGUCUCUGGGGAGCCUGACAUCCUUGUUCAUCAGCUGGCAGUGUCAGAAGUGCCUCAAUGUGGGAAACCUAGUGAAUUGCUGGAUAAAUUUGGAAUCAGUGCCAGACACAUCACAGCAGCUGUGAAAGAUAUUUUAAUGAACUAA